AUGUCGCAAGGUCCCCCGCAAUUACCGCCGCAGAUGUUCACCACCGCUGCUCAGCUGUUGGAUUUGACAGAUAAAAAGCUAGUUCUAGUCCUUCGAGACGGGCGGAAGUUGAUCGGAGUUUUGAGAAGCUGGGAUCAGUUCGCAAACCUUGUCCUUCAGGAUACCAUUGAACGUCUAUAUGCCGGCAACCUCUACGCCGAUAUCCCGCGAGGUAUAUUUCUCGUCCGGGGUGAGAAUGUCUUGCUUCUGGGUGAAAUCGAUCUCGACAAAGAAGAUGACAUUCCCCCUCAUAUCCAGCGCGCGUCGUUCCAGGAAGUGUUUGAGCUGAAGAAGAAGGAAGACGGGGCUCGAAAAGUUGGCGACAAGAAGCGCCAUGGAAAGCUACAGACGCUGGGCUUUGAGCCGGAGCAUAGCGGAGAGAUACUGUUUUAG